AUGUCAGACGAAGCUUCACUACACCACUCUUUCUUUUGGGAAAACCAGUCCUGGCCUCUUGCCUUUUCUGAUUAUUAUAACAGUAAUAUUAAUGGUACUUCAGGCAGUGGUGGUACCCAAGAGAGGAAGAAGGCGCCGCUGCCUCCUUCAGGUUCUAAAAACCUGAAGCGAGGAAGAGAAGGAGGAGAUAUAGGAUCAAGUAGUGGCAUUAAUAAAAAUAACAAUGAUAGGGUUGUGAAAGAAGGAAGAGGUGGCAAUGGUGGUGGUGAAUCGGAUGAUCAUGAGAUUCACAUAUGGACGGAGAGAGAGAGGAGGAAGAAGAUGAGGGACAUGUUUACUACUCUUCAUGAAUUGCUUCCUCAACUUCCUCCUAAGGCUGACAAAUCCAGAAUCGUGGAUGAAGCGGUGAAGUACAUCAAAACCCUACAACAAACUCUCCAAAAGCUACAAAAACAAAAGCUAGAAAGGCUUCAAGGAGUAGCAACGUUCAAAUAUGAGCCGCUGCCAUCCAUAAUCAACUCGCAGAAGCUAGCUUUGAACUCAAGGGAGGCAUUUUUAGCUGAUCAUGGAUCAUCCACAAACUUCACCAUUGAAGCUGCCACCAGUAAUGUUAACUCUACAAAUUUGGUGUCAGCAUCACUCUGCCCUGUAGUCUUCCAAACAUGGACUUCACCCAAUGUUGUUUUGAACAUUUGUGGAGAUGAAGCAAAUAUAAGCGUGUGUUCGCCGAGGAAACUUGGACUCUUCACCACCAUUUGCUGUGUGUUGGAGAAGCAUAAAAUAGAGAUCAUUUCUGCUCAAGUUUCUUCCAAUUCCAACAGAAGAAUGUCCAUGAUUCAUGCACAUGUGAAUCGAGGUUUUGAUCAGUUGACAAGGACAGUUCCCGUGGAAGAGAUAUAUAAACAAGCUGCAGAUGAGCUGACUUUCUGGAUCUCUUCUUGGUUAUGCUAA